AUGGCUCCACAAUGUUCAACUAAAACCAUAGUUUUUGUACUGGCACUGAUCAGCAUCUUCUUCCUCAGCGAAACGGAAGCUCAGGGUAGGUCUCCUCCCCGUCAGCCUCCGGCUCCACGCCGUCCUCCAACUCCACGUCGUCCUCCACCUCCACGCCGUCCUCCACCCCCACCACCAUUUGUUUGUCCACCAUGUGUUUGUCCACCACCAGUAUUUCCACCAAAUAUCCCACCACCCGUGAUUACACCACCCACACCAGAACCUGAGAUUUCACCAACGAAAGCUCCACCACCCGGGACUACACCACCCGGGAUUACACCACCAGAAAUUCAACCACCCGAGAUUACGCCACCAGAAACUGAACCAGUAACUCCACCACCCGGGAUUACACCACCAGAAACUGAACCAAUAACUCCCCUACCAGAGAUUCCAACACCCGAGAUUUCACCAAUAGAUAUUAAUCCAAAAAUUCCACCACCCGAGAUUUCACCAAUAGAUAUUAAUCCCAAAAUUCCACCACCCGGGGUUACACCACCAGAAACUGAACCAAUAACUCCGUUACCAGAGAUUCCAGUACCCGAGAUUUCACCACCAGAAAUUCAACCACCCGAAACUGAACCAGUAACUCCACCACCCGAAAAUGAACCAAUAAGUCCACUACCCGAGAUUCCACUACCCGAGAUUACGCCACCAGAAAUUCCACCACCCGAGAUUUCACCAAUAGAUAUUGAACCAAAAAUUCCACCACCCGAGAUUUCACCACCAGGAAAUGAACCAAAGACUCCACCACCGGAGAUUACACCACCCGAGAUAUCACCACCCGAAAUUGAACCAAAGACUCCAUCACCCGAGAUUACACCAUCACAAGUUCCACCACCUGAGAUUACUCCUCCGGAGAUCCAACCACCUAAAAUUCAACCACCAGAAAUUACACCACCAGAAAGUCCACCACCAAAGAUUUCACCACCACAAAUCGAACCACCCGAGAUUACGCCACCAGAAAUUACACCACCACAAAUCGAACCACCCGAGAUUACGCCACCUGAGAUUCCGCCACCAAAAUUUCAACCACCACCGCCCCCACUCCCUACAUGUCCCAGGAAUGCUGCUCAACAAAGGGCAUGUGCCAAUGUUGUAAGACGUUAUGGGAAUUUCCUAGACUUUGGAAGGGCACAACCAUGUUGCUCUCUUAUUCGCGAUUUGUCUGAUCGCGAAGCAGCAGCUUGCCUAUGUGGUUUUGUGCAACCUCCAGGUCAACGACGUUCCCCUCCUCCUCGCAAUAUUUUUGUUCUCUGUAGGGCUUGUGGUCGCAGGGUCCCCCGAGGCUUCAUGUGCCCAUAACCUUUUCCACGUACCCU